GUGGACUCCAAAACCUUUACCGCUCUAUUCUUCUCUCUCAUAUAUUCACUCUUCUCUCUUUUUCAAAGGAGAGAGUUAGAAAAAUGGAGUUCUCCAAGUCCUAUGCUCUUCUUCUCAUUUGCAUGCUCUUUGUAUCCUCAGUCACUCCCAUUCUAGGCUGUGGAUCUUGUGGAAAGCCCUCUCCAAAGUAUAGAAAACCCAAGUCCAAAUCAUCUCCACCCAAGAGCCCCAUUACUUUGCCACCAAUUGUGAAGCCCCCUAUUAAGGUACCCCCGGUCACUCUACCACCGCUUGUCAAGCCUCCCAUUAAGGUGCCCCCGGUGACCGUUCCCCCGGUCACUCUACCACCGGUUGUCAAGCCCCCCAUUAAGGUGCCCCCGGUGACCGUUCCCCCGGUCACUCUACCACCGGUUGUCAACCCCCCGGUGACUGUUCCCCCAGUUACCGUCCCUCCUGUUACUGUCCCUCCGGUUGUCGGUCUUCCCCCAAUUGGUCUCCCGCCAAUCGUAUCAAAUCCACCAUCCGGCUCUAGCCCAGCAAAGCCAUGCCCACCACCACCAGCGUCCAAGGAAACUUGCCCGAUUGACACAUUGAAGCUUGGUGCUUGUGUGGACCUUCUUGGUGGGCUUGUACACAUUGGACUCGGCGACCCGGUGGUCAACAAGUGUUGCCCAAUCCUUCAAGGGCUUGUUGAGGUUGAAGCUGCGGUUUGCCUCUGCACCACUCUCAAAAUCAAGGCUCUCAACCUCAACAUCUAUGUCCCACUUGCUCUUCAGCUUCUUGUCACUUGUGGAAAGACACCUCCUCCUGGCUACACCUGCUCUCUGUAGACUUAGAAUAUUUAUUGACAAUGGGAUUCCAGGUUUGAAAGUUUGAUUGGUUGUAGGACAGAUUCGUCGUGAGAGGAUGUCGAGCUGCCCUUCUCUUUCCUCUCUCUCUCUCUCUCUCUCUCUCUCUCUUUGAUUGGUGUUAGGACAGAUUCGUCGUGAGAGGAUGUCGAGCUGCCCUUCUCUUUCCUCUCUCUCUCUCUCUCUCUCUCUCUUUGAUUGGUGUUAGGACAGAUUCGUCAUGAGAGGAUGUCGAGCUGCCCUUCUCUUUCCUCUCUCUCUCUCUCUCUAAAACGUGUCUUUUUCUUUUUAAUUAUUUGUUCUUUGGUACUAUACCAUAAUGCUUGGCCAAGAUCUUUGUGUACGGUACCAAUAUUUUCUCUUUAAUUUAUGAGACUAUUUGUAAGUGUGUCUUUUCUUCGACAAGGAUUCAAUCAAAGAUGAUUAUUUCUGUCUC